UCUCUAUAGGCUUCAAUUCUUCCUCAGAUUCUUUCUGGGCCCCGGGAACCGGGAACCCACUUCCCUCCUUCUCGCACUGCUGUGUUCCAGUGAAAGGACCCCAAAUCUCAGAGAAGCUCUUUUUCUGUUGCUCACCACUCCUCCAUCUUCCUUGAAAUCUAUAUUGUGAGGCCUCCAGCUUUGCUCACUUUGGUCAGGAUUUCUUUAGCCAUUCUGUGUCUUUUCUGAUUUGAUAUGAAUUUUAAGAUUGUCUUUUCUAGUUCUGUGAAGAAUAUUAUUGGUCAGCCUCUGGUUUUCUGCAUUUUCACUGUGAUAGUCUUUUCAUUAUGGAUGGAGGUGAUGAUGGUAACCUUGUUAUCAAAAAGAGGUUUGUGUCUGAGGCAGAAUUAGAUGAACGGCGCAAAAGGAGACAAGAAGAAUGGGAGAAAGUUCGAAAACCUGAAGAUCCCAAAGAAUGUCCAGAGGAGGUUUAUGACCCUCGGUCUCUCUAUGAAAGACUACAGGAACAGAAAGACCGGAAGCAGCAGGAGUAUGAAGAGCAGUUCAAAUUUAAAAACAUGGUAAGAGGCUUAGAUGAAGAUGAGACCAACUUCCUUGAUGAGGUUUCUCGGCAGCAGGAACUAAUAGAAAAGCAACGAAGAGAAGAAGAACUGAAAGAACUAAAGGAAUACAGAAGUAAUCUCAACAAGGUUGGAAUCUCUGCAGAAAACAAGAAGGAAGUGGAGAAGAAACUGCCUGUGAAACCAAUAGAAACCAAGAACAAGUUCUCCCAGGCAAAGCUGUUGGCAGGAGCUGUGAAGCAUAAGAGCUCAGAGAGUGGCAAUAGUGUGAAAAGACUGAAACCGGACUCUGAUCCAGAUGACAAGAGUCAAGCCACCUGGUUCCACACUACAAAGACGCAGAGGACACCGGACCACCAGACCACUGUACUGGAGCUAAUCAAGUUCUCAGCAUUUAAAGAAUUCCUGCCCAGAGAGGCCCCAUCCUGUGUAUCGGUUGGAAGUACCUCCCUGAGUGGCCCAUCCAUUCACUGCCCACCCGCCGCUGUCUGCAUCGGCAUCCUUCCAGGCCUGGGAGCCUACUCGGGGAGCAGCGACUCUGAGUCCAGCUCAGACAGUGAAGGCACCAUCAAUGCCACAGGGAAGAUCGUCUCCUCCAUCUUCCGAACCAACACCUUCCUGGAGGCACCCUAGCUCCUAUCCUUCCUGCAGGGAGCUCCCCCUAGAACGGUCAGACCGUCCAUUUUGCCUCCAGGCAUUACCUCCCUCCAAAAAACUCCUUUGCCAGCCCCCUAUGCACACCGUGACACUUUUAAUCUCACCUAAAAAUGUGCCAGAUCACUUGUGGCCAGAACUGUGUUUGGUCUCCUUUCUGCUGUAGUGCAGAUGACCAUACCGGUCCCACUGCCUGUUCUUCUCUGACUUGGUAGGGUGGGUGUGGCCCGCAAAAGCUCUGCCUGGGAGGAUCUGCACAGCUAGCUAGCAGAGGGUGCUGCUGGGUUUUGUUGCUUUCUUGUUUCUCUUUUUCCUUUCCCAACAGCACCAGAAGCAAGCACAGUUGUUGCACAGGUGUUAUUUAAAGUUUAUUGUAGACAAAUGUGUUGUUCAGUUCGACUGCAUUGUGGAGCAUGUGGAGACAAAGCUGACCAGUGGGGAAAUGGAGCACUUCCCUGGAUCUAAGCCCUCCUUGAUGUCGUGAUGUCGUGUGCUAAGUAAAGAUAAUGAAGUCCAUCUGCAGGGAUGUCAGUUGACUGACACCAGCCUUCAUUGUGAAGUUUGCCUUACUGUUGGCCACUCCUUUCCUCUCUCCAUCCAACCUCAUUUGUAUAGGAAUGGGCUGGUAAUGAGCAAGCUUUUAUCUUCUAUUCAGAUCUUUUCUCUGCCUUGCAAAUUAUUUUGUUUUUGAUUUUGAAAUAAAAGAUUUAGUUUAAGAUUUUAAACCUUAGAGAAACAAGCAGUGGCCUUAUUUAACAUGGCCAGAAACCAGAACCAUUGGUGUGUAUGUCAGCGAGAUGACUUUUCUAGCAGCUUCUGCAAUCUGAAUACUCCAAACUUGAGGGGCACACUUGCAUGUUAUGACUGCUCAGCACCCUACUGAGGCACAUCUCUGCUUCAUGCUUAUUAUAGUUGUGGCUUUUAACUGUGGAAGCCACUGCAAGUCUAAAGGUGCUGCCCUAGCACAUUUCUUUUAUCCACUGGCCCACUGCCCUUUCCUUUCCCAAACAGCAGGUCCAAGGCCACAGGCAGCCAAGAGCCAGAGGAGCUGUGCCCCCUCUGUCUCAUAGAGGGAACCGGGCUCAGCCCUGAGUGGGUGAGAGGAAGGUGUGUAGAAGAGAGGAUAUGGAGUCCUCAGGGAAGAGGUGGACAUGAGCUUUAAAACAAUCUGAAUGUCCCCCUGCCUCAGGAGAGUGAGCCUGUACAGCUCUUUCUUUCCCUUGGUUUCUGCAUCAAUUGUUUCUGCUUCCUCGGGUGUGAGACUGAGCGAGACACACACAGAAUGUGUUGACACUGUGAUGCUGGCAGGCAGAGAAGCUACUCAGUUUUAAUGUGGGCAGAGAGGCUUCUGGGUUUCAUCCAACCCACUUCUUUUCCCUUUCCAGUUUGGCAGUACUCUGGUGCCCCACUGGCAGAUGGUGGCUUCCCCUCACCCGUAACUGAUGCCUUGUGAAUUCUGCCUUCUUUUCAGGACUUCUCAGUGUUAAUUGUUCCUGACAAUAUGGGUGCAUCACCUCCAUUCUCACAAACAAGACGCUUAGGUAAAACUGUGUAGGCACCUUCUGCCUCGAUGCUUCAUUGUUCCUGCAAUUGUGCUGUCAUGAUUGCAGCACGUACCAAGAGAAACCUGGAAUCAUUUCAGGAGGCAGGCCAAGGAAUCAAAGUCACCAUCUUUAUGUGGUUUGACUUUGCAGAGGCCAUUACUGUACCUCGUGGCCUCUGUUGAUGUUCGAAGAAGUUGACAAAGGGUUGCAGAGAUUAAAACCAUACAGGAACUUCAAAGUGAAUAAAUCUGUCAGAGAAGGAGCUCUUGCUUCUCCUGGGCUGCAUCCUGGGCCUCCAGGUCUCCCAUCACAGAUUGAGUCUUCAGACUGAGAGAUCUGUGCUCAGGAGAGAUUAAGUCCCUGUGGUCCUUUCAUUGUAGUCUGUUGUGCCCAUCAGCAUAGAGCCUUGGAACUGAAACAGCUUCUGUAGAAACCAUGGGUAGCAAAGGAGGGUCUGUACUUAACAGGGGAAGUGGACUGUGGAAGCAUCCAGAGUAGACCUCGUGGUUAUGGAAGGAAACACUGCUUAAAACCAAAAAAUGUAGUACAGUUGGCUCUCCAAGUUGACUAGUUCUGCUUCUGGAUUCAACCAGUUACAGAUUGAAAACAUUUGAAAAAAGAAUCGUGUCUAUACUGAACAUGCACAUUUUUUAUUGUCUAAACAGCAUGUAACAGCUAUUUACAUAACCUUUGCAUUGUAUUACGUAUUCUAAGUAAGCUAGAAAUGA